AUGGUCUCUGCUCCUCGCUCCUUCACGCCGCUGCCGACGCAGCCCAGCUUCAUCUCGCUGUCGCCCGAGGAGAAGGAGAGUGGCAGAUGGUCUCGAGCCAACAUGCAGCGCGCUAUGGAGAUCCUGCACCGCGACGGCCUGCUCGCCAUCACGGGCCUCGUCGACCCCGAGCACGUCGUCGCCCUGCGCGACUCGAUGCUCGCCACCGCCCAGGUCAUCAAGCAGCAGGUCAAGGAGCUCUCGCAGUACAACCACGGCAUCAGCAGCAACUUCCUCAUGUCGGCGCCGCUCGCCGACCCGGACCUGCGCUUCCAGGACGUCUUCGCAAAUCGCUUCGUGCACCAGGUCGUCGAGGGCUAUCUCGGGCCGGGCAUCAAGCUCAACCUCUUGACCGCGAAUUGCGCAAUCGCCGGUGCGACGCAGCGGCAGAACGUGCACAAGGACGCGCCCUGGCUGCACCCGAACUGCCCGGGCAUGCUCAACACGAACCUCGCACUCUCAGACUUUACGCCCGAGAACGGCUCGACCGAGUUCUGGCUCGGCAGCCACAACUGCACGACCGGGCACGACCAGGUGUGGCCGACGCGCGAGUCGGCGACGCCGCUCUGCGACGUCGCGCCCGACACGCUCGAGGAGCGUCGGCGCGUGCGGCCGGGUGCGCAGAUCCGGGUCCCGAUGGGGACGAUCACGCUGCGCGACAUGCGGACCUGGCACGCCGGCAUGCCCAACUUGACCGACCAGGACCGGAUCAUGACGGCGGUGGGCUACUCAGCGGCGUGGUGGCCCGAGCCGGAGCAAAGGAUGAAGGCUCCAAGUUCGGCGAGACCGCUCCUCACCGCGACCGACCACGCCCUCGAGUUUAUCCCCGACGCCGACUGGCUCGCCAUCUCGCAGAACUGGGACCUCGCCGACGAGUCGAGCAUCAAGCUGCCGGACGUGCCGGGCCACCGCAAGCGCUCGAGCGCGCCCGAGGGGGAGAAGGAGUGGGUCGCGCUCAACGAGGUCAGGGACGAGGAGAAGUACGUGCGCGAGUAGCUGUGCGAGGUGUCUGUAGCAGUCUGUAUU